AUGGAAUCGGUACUCCUGGACCACUUUCCUGCUGGGUUGGACUCCUUUUCCUCAGAACCUUGUUUCGACGAUGAGGAAUUUUUCACCGAUCAGUCUUCCGGCGGCCCUCUGGAAGGUGACGAACUCCUGGAGGCCGAGGUGGGCUUCCUGGGCCCGCCGUUCCAGGAGUGUUACCGCAGCGACGGGGCUAUUGUUGGCUCAGGAUCCGAAAAUAUGCCCGAAGGCUCUCUUGCAGCCGCGGCGGCGGCGGCGGCAGCGCGGAGGAGAAGGCGGGUGCGCUCUGAGGCUGAGCUGCAGCAACUGAGGCAGGCGGCCAAUGUGCGGGAGCGUCGGCGGAUGCAGUCCAUCAACGAUGCCUUCGAGGAGCUGCGCGCUCAUAUCCCCACGCUGCCCUACGAGAAGCGCCUCUCCAAGGUGGACACGCUGCGCCUGGCCAUGGGCUACAUCAACUUUCUCAGCGAGCUGGUCCAGUCCGAUUUACCUUUGCGCAGUGCGGACAACCAGAACCCAUGCCAACCCAAGAAGGUUAUCAUCUGCCACCGGGGCACAAGAUCACCUUCUCCAAGUGACCCAGAUUAUGGACUUCCUCCUCUUGCUGGGCAUUCACUCUCCUGGACAGAUGAAAAACAACUCAAGGAACAAAACAUCAUUAGAACGGCUAAAGUCUGGACUCCAGAAGAUCCCAGAAAGAUAAACAGCAAAUCAUCUGUGAACAACAUUGAAAAUGAGCCCCCAUUUGAUUUCACACCAUAA